AUGCCGGCCUUUCUCCGUGAGAGUUCCCUCAGGCUCAAAUGUCCAUCAACUUCAAUCCCUGCCGUUCCAUUCGAGAGGAGACGCGCCGCUUCUGAUAGUAUCAAACAUCAGUUACGGACACGUGGUUUCCGCUUGAUCUCAGCUCUUUCUCUAAGUCCCAAUCCUCGCAAACUACUAUCAGUUUCUACUCGAGCUGUAAGCACAGAGUCUCAGACGGUUUCUGGCUCGCGGGACGUAAGUUCCGCGAGUGACACGUGGGAGUCGCGGUUGAGCCGCGGAACGGCGGAGCUCGACGCGCUGCUGGCAGAAGGCAAGGAGGAGCAGGCGCUUGCGCUCGUGAAGCGGCUCGCUGGACGAACGGGUGAAUUGGGUGAAUCCGGUCAUUCCGGUGAAUCCGGUGAAUCUAGGGGGACGGACGAGGCGGUGGACGGUGCAGGCCCGCAAGAUGCGGGCGAGAAGGUUCUCAGAGCCUUCGGUGCGGCGAGGCAGGUUCCCCGCCGGUCCUACACAAUCGAGGAGCUGAAGCUGCACUACAUUGACCCUGCUCGCAUGCUGGCGCCUAGGGAUACCACGCUAACAGGCGUGAGGCAAGCAGGCCAGCUGGCGUUGCUGGCAGGGCUGCUUGCCACGUGGUGGGGCGAACACCUGGACCAAUGGCAGCUGCUGGGGCUGGUCAUUGGGUUACUGUUCAUCGGCACUGUAGACCAGGUGUCAACUGGUGGCGGUGGCGAGGCCCUAUUGGUGGAUACCUUGGGGAAUCUGCUGAAACCCACCUAUCGCAGACGAGUUGCUCUGCAUGAGGCAGGGCAUUUCCUCAUCUCCUACCUCGUGGGCAUCCCCCCAUGUGCCUUCACUCUCUCCAGCCUGGACGCCUAUCGGCGCUACGGGGCUCUCAACGUGCAGGCAGGCACCACCUUUUUGGAUCUGGACUUCCAGAAGCAGACAAGGACACGGCAAAUUAAAUCUGAUAUGCUGGAUGCUGUUUCUUGUGUGGCUCUGGCUGGAGUUUGCGCCGAAUACCUGCAAUUCGGGGUUGCGGAAGGUGGCAUUUCUGACAUUCAACAGUUGGACUUUCUGUACAAGUCACUAGGAUUUACACAGAGCAAGUCGGACGAUGUUGUGCGGUGGGCAGUAUUGAACCCUGCGAGAUUCGGAGGGUUUAAAACCCGUGUGACUGAACGGAAUGUGACUACACGGGCUAGUGUGACUGAAUCGGGGGAGGCCGGUACGACUGGCGUAGCUGUUUCCGAUCCGAUAUCUCUUAACGGGUCAACAUCUGCUGCUUCUAACGGGGACGAGACUGCUGGAGCGAGAGUGAGCGUCGAGAGUUCACCAGACAGCGAGCGAAAUGUCGAACGAAGUUAUGAGGGGUCGUCUGACGAGGGGUCUGAUAGGAAUCAACGACAGUACGGGCUUAGCAGAUCGGGAGGGUUUAACCGAGGUCGCGGCCGGGGUGGGUCGGGCGGUCGUGGCGGGGACUUUGCUGGUCGCGGGGGGAGUCGCGGCGGGAGUCGCGGGGGGAGUCGCGCCUGGAGCCGCGAGGGGAACGGCGGUCGGGUCAGCGGGACUGGCGGCGGGGACAGGAGGCGGGAGAAUUCGCGUUCCGCUGAGAAUCGUUCCUCUGCUGAUCGUUUCCCUUCUGAUCGUUCGUGGAGCCGCUCCUCUAGCCCUUCCGAUAGGAGCAAAAGUAAGGACGUCUAUAGACGCGCUGACGUGAAAUCUCGAAGCGCCUCGCCGAGGGAACUGAAUAACCCGCAGUUUGCUCGCUCGCGCGGCACGGGCCGCGCUGCUCCAGCCGCGCCGAUUUCUGACCCGCUUCAAGCUGCUCCGUUUUCCGCUUUUGGCUCCGACGGCGGUGCGGGGGAAGAUGCGUGGGCGCGCGGGUUCUUCCCGCCGCGCGUGGUGCAGGUUCUCGACGUGCUGGCGCAGGAGAGCGGGGAGGAUCGGCGCGGGGAGGGACAGCGCGCGGUAGUCGUGGAUGCGUGGCGAAAGGAUGGGGGGAAGGAUGGGGUGAGGGAUGGGUGGAGCGAUGGGGGAAGGGAUGGGGGGAGGGUUGGGGGAAGUGCGCGGGUGGCGCAACGGCUGGAGCGCCUGAGGCUGACGCUGACGGGGAGGGACGUGUCGACAGUGCUGCGAGAAACGGGGGACUGGCGCAUGACCGUGGCGUUCUUUGAUUGGGCGAGGAAAAAGGAGUCCUUUCGACCAGGCACGUACGUGUAUAAUCUGGUACUGGCGGCGCUGGGGAAGGGGCGGCAGUGGGGGCGAAUGAAGGAGCUUCUAGCGGAGAUGACUCAAAAGGGCGUGGAGCUGGAUAACGUCACUUACUCCACCAUUAUCAGUUCUGCUACACGGUAUGGGGUAGUGUAG